AUGAAGGCCGUGGCAUCAUGUUGGAGAUUCCUCAUUAUCCUCGCCUGUCUCCGAAUCGCCGGCGCUGUAUGCCAGCUCAUCACCAUCACUGACGAAUCGAUCGAUGUUAUCACCACCAAAAUCACCUGCGACUUGUUGGGUAUCGCUCCCCUAACACUGGCGGCUGUGGGUUUGCUGCAAAGAGUAAACGCCUCGAUCAACAAACUCUCCAAAUGGAUCUUCAUCUUCGUCAGCAUCGUCAGCUUGGUCGGACUGGCCCUUGGUAUCGCCGGCGCGAUCAAGGCCCUCGACACCUACACCAUCCCCCCCAUGCUCCAAGCCGCAUUGGGCAUGUUCGUCGGCUGCUUGGGUCUCCUGCUGGCCAUUCUGGGGUACCUGACCGUCUACCGCCACGAGAUGCCUCGCAACGAGAGAAUCAUCCUGUACUCCGUCUACGCCUGUGCCCCACUGCUCAUCGUGCGCACCAUCUACGGCUGCUUGGGCGACUACACGGACAUCGAGCGGUUCAACCUGUUUGAGCCCAACCCCACCGUCAAUCUCUGCAUGGGCGUCCUCGAGGAGAUUUUCCUCAUGAUCAUCUGCCUCGCCGUUGGCUUUUACUGCCCCCCGCCCAAGGAGCCCGAACCUGAAGCUUCCGAGACAAGGAACUCGGACGAGUCCACCAUUGUGGAGAGACGCUCCUCCUCCCCCAACCACAUUUUGAACAAGGAGAAAAGUGCCGAGGAGGGACGCAUGGGGACCACCUCGCCUGUCGAGGCUAUGUAA